UUUGUACACGUCUCUAUACUGUAUACUACAUGCCGUGGGUCAUCGUAAAAUGGGAAAUACGAUAUUAGCCAUAUCACAUCGCUGCAUGUCUAUCCCGGCGGGUCAGGGUGGAACUCCAGCUGGCUUCCGAAGGAAAUGUGAGCAGUCUGCUGCAUACGCCACGUAGCUACGCCAGAAUUUGGACAAUCCGUCAAGAUUAUGGCGAAGAUGUCGUGUUCUCGUAUUUAUUCACAGCUUUUCUGCUGUAUUUUGGUGGGAUCGCUCAUGACGAUCUCACUGGUAUUGGCGGCGAACCCACCUCCGGCAUAUGAAUCAGAAAUAACGAUUAAAAAACCGACUGUUUUCAUUCCAAUUUUAGCUCGGAACAAGGCACAUACGUUGCCCCAUUUCUUCGGCUACCUGGAGCGACUCAACUACCCGAAAGACCGUAUCACAUUAUGGAUCCGUGCUGAUCACAGUGUAGACAACACAAUCCCUAUGUUAAGGGAAUGGAUUCAAAGAGUCGCACAUUAUUACCACACUGUGGAUUAUGCGUUUGAAGAGCACCCUCAGGUCUACGCCUUGGAGAAGGGACCCCAUGAUUGGCCGUCUGCUAGAUUUAAUCAUCUUAUCGACCUCAGAGAUCAAGCUUUACAAGAAGCUAGAAAUGUCUGGGCUGAUUAUUUCUAUACAAUGGAUGUUGAUAACUUUGUUUGGGAGCAGAACAUCUUGGAUGUUUUGAUGAGUGAGAAGAAAACUAUUAUUGCACCCAUGCUUCAGUCCACUACGUACUACUCAAAUUUCUGGGGUGGAGUCACAUCAAAAGGUUUUUACAAGCGUACUAAGGAGUAUGUGAAGAUAGUAAAGCGUAAUGUGACCGGAGUUUUCAAGGUUCCUAUGGUUCAUUCUACCUAUCUGAUCAAUCUCAAUCAUGAAGCUACCGAUAAACUUACCUACAAACCUCUCAAAGACUACGCUCAAGAUCUAGAUGAUAUGCUUACAUUCGCUCAUUCAGCCAAGAAAGCAGGUAAGAGCUAG